CCAGGGGUGGGGUGGCGAGGGGAGGGGACCAGGGUGUUGAAUGCAGUGGCUGCCAUGGACUCCUCGGCCGGGGAUGAUGGCACCAAUCCCAUUGUGCACAUGAAUUCUCGUAGUAGUAGUAACUCAUUGUCGCCUGCUGCCGCCAUCCAGUUUCUCACGCUUAUUCAGCGGCUCAAGACUACAAAGAGGACAGGAUGGGUAAAUCAUGGGGUGAAGGAGUCGGAAUCUAUUGCUGAUCACAUGUACCGCAUGGCAGUGAUGGCUAUCAUCUCAGGAGACUUACCAGGCGUGAAUAAAGACAGGUGCGUGAAAAUGGCCGUCGUGCAUGAUAUUGCUGAAGCCAUUGUGGGUGACAUUACGCCGAAUGAUAACAUUUCAAAAGAAGAGAAGAACAGACUGGAAAAUGCGGCAAUUGAUGAAAUGUGCCAGUUGCUUGAAGGGGGAAUGGCAGCGGAUGAGGUGAGAGAGCUGUGGCAGGAGUACGAGAAUAACAGUACUCCUGAGGCUAAACUUGUUAAAGACCUGGACAAGUUGGAGAUGAUCUUACAAGCUGCGGAGUACGAAACUGAGCAAGACAAAUCUCUGGAUGGCUUCUUUCAAUCCACCAAAGGAAAAUUUCAAACCGACUUGGGUAAAGCAUGGGCUGCCGAAAUCACGAGGAGAAGGCCCAAACAGAACUGAAAAGAUCUAUAAGUUACAAUUGCAGGGAGGAUGUGAACACCAUAGAGUUGGAUUGUGGUUGUGGAUGGUGAUGAAUUGUGCAUUGAUGAUGAUAUGAUCAUUUCCAUUGCCGGCUCCGUGAAGGCUUUCAUCAUGCAAAGAGACUUAAAUCAAGCGGCACUGUAGGUGAUGUACCAAAGGGGGCUGUGGUGUACUCUUCCUACGGCGCUAUUUUUUACGAACCAGCUAGCACAGAGAAUCAAAGUCUGACAAGGGUCUUGAAAUUAUUCUCGUGUGAGCGCAAGUGUACAUCCUGCUGGCUCUUUGUGACUUCGUUUAGAAGAAGGGCACAUUUCAACUUCAGUUGCCGAUUCUUGACAGUGACGCAAUUUUGUGUGUACUCGGGUGAUUGUUUCAAACAUACAAUGACAACGCGACAGCUUUUGGAUAUCUAAAUAGGCAAAUUGGCUACUUGAGUGCCCUUUCUACGAAGGAAUGUUCGAUCCUGCAGCCCUUUCUCUCACUUAAGUCUUUGCCUAAUAUCAAGAAUUGUGUUAUGUGUGGUUUCCAA